AGUCAGCGUUACAUAGGUGCAUUACGCUAUAGUAAGAAGCAAACGACUAGCGCUUUCUGAAGCCAAAGGGACACAAAAAAGGCACAAGCAGCGGAUGGCCCCGCUGCUGGACCUCCAACAAAACUGCCACGUCAACCUAGAAAAAGACAGAACAUCCUAGAGCCUACGUCGACGUUGGGCUACCUACUUUGCAUCUUUUUAUGUCAAUCCAAUCAUGCCAGUGCGUGUACUCUGUCUUCACGGGCAGGGGGUGAACUCAGCCGUCUUCCAGAAACAGACAGAGGACCUACGCGAGAUGCUGCCUGCAGAUUACGACUUCCGUUUCUUCGAUGGCAAAUACGAAUGCGAACCAGCGGAGGAAGUGCGCGACCACUACCCGCCCCCGUAUCUCACUUGGUACAACACUCCGACCGUUGAGAAAGUCAAGGACGCGCAUGAGCAAAUCCGGCAGAUCAUCAAAACCCACGGCCCCUUCGACGCAGUCAUGGGCUUCAGCCAGGGCGCUGCUAUAGCAGCCUCUCUACUGUUGCACGAGGAACUAGAAUCCACGCCGUUGUCCUUCAAAGCCGCAAUUUUCAUCGGUUCGCCCAUACCAUUUGCCAGAACUACACAAGUAGGGAUUGAUGCGAGGGCUUACUUUGGCGUUCCCAACACGCUUCCAAAUGCGCACACCCGCCCGGAUCGCAUACCACCCCACUUGCUGACGGACCCUGCGUAUCUGCGUAAUCCCGCGCAGCUGGAGCGGGUUUCGUGCGAUAAUGUGCAGUACCAGAUGUUUCACCCCACGGCUGACGAGGUGCGCAUCAGAUUGCCGACGGGACAUGUCAUGGGUACGCAGGAUAAGUGGUUGUGCCACAGUAAGGAUUUGGUUGGGCUGUGUCAGGAGGAUUACAAGGUGGUAUUGCAGCAUCAUGGUGGGCAUGAGAUACCUAGGGCUUACACGGAAGAGAUUUGUGACGUUGUUGAGACGGUGUUCGGGGGACUGCUGUAGAAAGUCACGUGAGAUCGAAGGAUCAAAAUAUAUUUAUUAGUCAGACAUGUAGGCCUGUUAGCGCCUUACCAUGCAUAAUUACAGCGGCCCGUGAGACGCGUCGGGACGUCCUGCACGU